AUGGCUAUUGCAUGGUAUCCACUAUACAAGAUUCCGGCUGGGCCCAGUGUUCGUGAUCUUGGGGCAUCAUUCUUGACAUUUCACAGUCUCUCUUCACCAGGCCCAUCUUUAUCGGUGUUUCCCUUAGUGCAUCCCCGCAAUGCACGACGAAACCCACGCUUCUCGUCUAGGCGCCAAUCCGCGCGGGUCGUGCGCGCGAGGGCGAGCGGGGCGCUUCCAGCCGACGUGGACGCGAUCAUAGCGAGGGGGCGGGAGGCGGGCGCGUUUGUGGAACACAGCGCGUGCGUGGUGCCCGGCGCGACUGACGGGCCGUUGCGCGGGCUGACGUUCGCCGUCAAGGACAUGUACGACGUGCGUGGGGGGGCGAGGGGAAGGUGGGGGGCGGUGGUGGCGGGCGUGCCAACGGGCUUCGGCAACCCCACGUGGCUCGCCACGCAUGACGUCCCCCAGGCCACCGCCCCCGUCGUGCAGGCGCUGCUAGAAGCGGGCGCCAGCGUGGUGGGCAAGGCGGCAAUGGACGAGCUGGCAUUCUCGCUGGCGGGGGAGAACGCGCACUACGGCACGCCCCUCAACCCAAAAGCCCCUCUCCGCAUCCCGGGCGGCUCCUCCUCGGGUUCCGCUGCUGCGGUGGCAGCGGGGCUGGUGGACUUCGCCCUGGGCAGCGACACAGCGGGGUCGGUGCGCAUACCCGCCAACCACUGCGGCGUGUGGGGCAUCCGCACCUCCCAUGCCCGCCUGCCACUCACCGGCGCUCAGCCCCUGCAGCCAUCCAUGGACACCGUGGGCUGGUUUGCGCGCGAUGCCUCUGUCCUUCAACGAGUCGGCUCCACACUCUUCCACUCCCCCUCCCUUGCCCCCUCCCCCUCCUCCACUUCCUCUUCCCCAUCAUCCUCCUCCUCCUCCUCCCCCUCCUCCCUCCGCCCCUUCACCGGCUGGCUGGUGGCGGAGGACGCGUUUGAGCUAGCAGACAAAGACGCCGCCCGCGCAAUCUACGACAAGAUCUCGCCACAUAUAGACGAGAUCGCAGCAUUGCUGGGCGGGCGGCCGGAGGAGAUGCGGGUGGCGGGGGAGGAGGGCAGCGAGGUGGGAGGCGUGCACGAGUGGGUGGACGCCAUGAGGGUGCUGCAGCUGAUGGAGGCGUGGCAGUGCCACGGGCAGUGGAUCACAGCGCACCGCCCCGCCUUUGGUCCCGGAGUGGCGCAGCGCUUCCAGGCUGCCAGCGCUGUGGACCCGCAGGGGGAGGCAGUGGCACAUGCACGGGAGAAGAGAGCCAGGUUCACAUCGCACAUGGAGAGCCUCGUUGCGGGCGGCAAACUGCUCAUGCUGCCGGCCGCCCCCAGCAUAGCGCCUCUGAAGGCCGCCCCGCCUGCUGACGUGGACUCCUUCCGCGUGCGCACCCUGGCCCUCACCGUCAUUGGCGGCGCUGCCGGCCUGCCUCAGGUGAAAACAACAGAGGGGCUCAGGUGGGAAAAGCAGAGAAGGAGAAGACGCAUGCAGGUGAAGGAGAGGCUACCAGGAUUCAGCCUCUCAGACUGA